UAUUUAUAGUGGAAUGGAAUGGAAUAAUGUUAAACCACUCCCACUACUGUUGUAAACCCUCGUUUCCGAAGGUGGGCGUUAAUGGCGGGGAGCUCCACUGAAACCUCAAAAUGGGUGACUUUAUCCAUCACUUUGACCUUGGCUACCCUCUCUGCAUCUGCUGCUAUCUCCGUUUUCUUUCGGAGUAAGAGAAGAGAGAAGCAUAUAAAUGAACUUGAGAAAUCUCUCAAGGAAUCAUUGAAAAAGUGUGCUGCUGAGAGGCAAGGUCGAAUCAGAGCUCAACAGGAUUUAAGAAACGCAAUGCUCCAACCUAAAACCGACAAGUUGGAAACAACUUAUCCCAUGGCACCUAUCGGCAUCAUUCGAUCAUGUUUUUCUACCAGAAACGGGACACCAAGACAACCUCUGAUCGUACCACUUGCGAGGGCACGUUUGACGUUUGAUACAGCGCUGGUCCCACUUGCUUCUCUUGAGGGUCUUGAAGAGUAUUCCCACUGCUGGAUUAUUUAUGUUUUUCAUCUUAAUACCGAUCUUGACAAAUUGUGGAAAAAUCCAUCUAGGUCAAAAUUGAAGGCAAAAGUAAGAGUACCGAGACUGAAAGGUGAAAAAAUGGGGCUUUUUGCUACAAGAUCACCUCAUCGCCCCUGCCCUAUUGGUCUUACGGUCGCUAAAGUGGAGUCGAUUCAGGGAAGCAGCAUUCUUCUUUCUGGUGUGGAUUUGGUUGAUGGCACUCCUGUUCUGGAUGUCAAGCCCUAUUUACCAUACUGUGACAGUAUUGAAGGAGCGAGUGUACCCGAUUGGGUUAAGAUGGACGAUUUGUUAGCCGUGGCUUCUGUUGAUUUCACAGAUGAUUUUCUUGCAACGUUAACCGAUUGUUGGCCAACAAUAGACAAGAAAUCACUAUAUACAUCCCCUGAAGAAUUUCAAAACUUGAUCAAACAAGUGCUUUCAUGGGACAUACGUUCGGUAUCCCAACGGACCCAAGUUGAGGAAAAUUACGAAAAGACCAAAAACGAGCAGAUUUAUAAUAAUGAAGUGCAGGAUGUUAUUUAUCAUCUAAAUUUAGAAGGCUUAGAUGUUGCGUACAGAAUCACAUCCGAUAGUAACGUACUUGUUGAAAAUGUUACUUUUCCUCCAAAGUAGUAACUAUGCGUGAAUCCUGCAUGGUUUAAACCAGGUCCGGACCACUGGACCAUCAUCGGAAUGUGACAUUUGAAGCGAGUCAGAUGAUUCGAAUUUUUGUAAGGUAUAUUCAAGCGCUUAGUUUUAUUUUAAAAGGAAUUUAUGAUAUAUUAUUGUUUUAGUAGUAA